AGCCGCCUGGCCGACCAACCGAGCCACCCUCUACUACUACUACCCACUACACUACAAAGCCAACCCCUACAUUUACCCCACUCUCGCCUUGCUUAAUAUCUGGAGAAUGCAUGAACUGCCUUUGUCAGACAAUGUCUCACUGCGUGGUCGACGAUAACUGUACAGGUGCCGCCUGUGGCCCUUUUAGAAUAAACCGGGAAUACUGGGCUGCCUCUGGAAAGCCUGUCAUCCACUAUGGGGUUCCUGACAUUGACAAUGAAUACAAUAAAUGUGUUAAAAACUGGGGCUGUUCAGUUCGGUCAGUACUAGGAUACCUCAGCAGAUUCCAACAGGACUGUAACGGUAAUGGUAAAUUCGACUGCUACGACUAUAUCGCCACUCAUUUAUUUGGUCCUCAUGAAUGCAGAAAGAAGAAGCUCACAGGAGAGUACCUACAACGUUAUCAAUCCUGCGACUGCGGAAAGAUACCUGAUUGUCACUGA